CCAAUUUUAGGACGUUUUGCAGUUGCUUUUUCGCAGGUUUUUUCGUUAAAUUAAAUCGCAAAAAACACAAACAAAUCAGUGAAAAAUAAUAUUGCAAAAAGGCGGUAACCUAAACGGAACUUUCAGCCGAUGGUAGCACAUUAAACGCGACCCAGUGUAUGUGCAUUUCAGUUGUUAAUUAACUUCUCCUUUUGACCGCAACAACAACAACAACACGACGCAAAAGAAUAUUUUGAGCGGAUGUGCGUGCGUGUGUGUGUGUGCGAGCGAGACAGCGUUCAAUUUGUGUAGAAAAAUAAAAGUUAAAAAGAUGCCGUGCAUUUAGAAGAUAGUUAAGCCGCAAACUCUUUUGAAACGGACUCCAGCUGGGUAACUCGUGUGGCAAACUGAACCUGAACCGGCAGAGGCAGCAGGAGCAGAGGGAUUGGCAACCAGCACCUGGCCAAAUGGGUGGCAACAGCACGGGGGCCAAUUCGAGCGCCUUUAGCGCAGGCGGAUACAUUGGACCCACGUCGGCCAGCAGUCACCACAGCCUGGGAACCUCAUCCUCCGCCGCAGCGGCAGCAGCAGCGAUUGCCGGUGGAAGCGACCUGAUACCCGCACCAAUUGGCACGGGCAACGCCAUGGGAGUCUCCUCGUACGCCUACGGAGGAACCAGCUGGGAGGAAUUCUGCGAACGACAUGCCCGAGUGGCUGCCUCGGAUUUCGCCAAGGCCUGCAUCACAUACAUCAAUGGCAAUUUGCCGCCGGAGGAGGCCAGGAACAUUCAGCAUCGCAGCUUUUCCCAGAAAUUCGUCGAGUCCUUUUCGGCCCACUACGACACGGAGUUCUUCAAACGGAGAAGUACCCUCAAAUCGGGCGUGGGAUCACUGGACUUCGAGGAGGAGCACGAGGGACCGCGACUGCUUUCAAAGUCUCUGCUAAGACGGCUCUCAUUCAAAGGACUGCGCAAGGGAAAGAUCUCUCUGCUGCAGGCCUUCUUCCACAAGAACUCGGACGACGUGGACGGCAGCGGUGGGAGCGGCAAGCAGAGCAAGACGAAGCUGGCCAAGAUCGUGGUCGAGUGCCGCAAGGAGGGCACGGUGAACAACCUGACGCCGGAGAGUCUCGACCAGCCGACGGGCUCGCAGAAGUGGGAGAAAUGCCGACUGGUGUUGGUCAAGGCCGUUGGCGGCUACAUGCUCGAGUUCUACACACCCCACAAGGCGACGAAGCCGCGCAGUGGCGUCUUCUGUUUCCUCAUCUCCGAGGCACGCGAAACGACAGCGCUGGAAAUGCCCGACAGGCUGAAUACGUUCGUCCUCAAGGCGGACAACAACAUGGAGUACGUGAUCGAGGCGGAAAGUGCCGAGGAGAUGCGCAGCUGGCUGGCCACUAUACGCUACUGCAUGCGAACGCCGCCCACGCAGCAGCCGAUGAUCGAAUCGGAUGGCGUGAUGGCGUCCGCCAUGCAAACAUCGCCCACAAAUCCCAGUCCCAAUUCGAAUGCCAAUCCGAAUCCAAAUCCCAUUGGGGGCAUACAGAAUCCGCAGUACCAGCAGCAGGGUGGCUCAAAUGGCAAUCUGGUGGGUGGAGGAGCUCCCCUGGCCACUUCCCUAUCCGCAGAUAGCGCUUUGGGUCAGGGAGGCGCCAUUUCGGCCAGCGAAUUGAAUGUCAUCAACGAACUGGGCACCACACCGCCCUCCGGUCCACCGGAUAUACCAGUACGGCCGCAUCGUGGUGAACAGCGGCUGUCGGCCUCGAGCAACUUUGAUGGCAUCGAGGGCACCGAAAACGAUGCGGAUGUGGCCGACUUGACGGCUGAGAUGAGCGUGUUUCCCUGGUUCCACGGCACACUGACGCGUUCGGAAGCUGCCCGCAUGGUUCUCCACUCGGAUGCAGCGGGACAUGGAUACUUCUUAGUGCGACAGAGCGAAACGCGACGCGGCGAGUUCGUGCUGACGUUCAAUUUCCAGGGAAGAGCCAAGCAUCUGCGGCUCACCAUCUCGGAGAAGGGUCAGUGCCGCGUGCAGCACCUGUGGUUCCCCUCGAUCCAGGAGAUGCUCGAGCACUUCCGCCACAAUCCCAUACCCCUGGAAUCGGGCGGCACUUCGGAUGUCACGCUCACCGAAUGGGUGCACACGCACAGCAGACUGAAUGAUCCAACGGGUGGCGGAGGAGCACAUGAUUCCGGACAACUAAACGAUCUGUCGACGAACGGCAAUGGAAAUGGGAAUGGAAAUGGCUACGAUAAUGGCCAGGGAUCAUCUGCGGCAUCAAAUGCGGCCGGAGGAGCUGCAUCGGGAGCUGCUGGCGGUGGCCAUCCGUCGCCGAGACAUUGCAACGAAGUGAUUACCAUGAAUCUGAGUGUUCGCCUAAAGACAAAUGAAAUCGAACUGCCACAGGAGCCAACACACGUCUAUUUUCCGGAGCAAGUCUAUUUCCAUUUGGACCCCACAACGCUAACCGUGCACGGAUCACCGCCGGCGGGCCAGAAUUUUCUGGACCAGCCGCAUCUGCGGGCCUCGAACGCCUCCCUGCAGGCCGCCGCCGCCCAUCAUCCGGCGGCGGGAUCCUCCGGCAGCAAUCGGCAUCCCAGCGACGGUGGCAACAAUAGCGGAGGAGGAACCGGAGGCGGAUCGGGAUCCAGCGGGGGAGCCGAGUGCACCGGACGGGCCGUCGAUAAUCAGUACAGCUUCACCUAAGUCCGC